UCGUGGAGUGUGGAUAACGGGGCAACGGUCAUUAAAGGAAUCCAAUCUCAACAACGUUGUCUCCUUCUUCUUCUUCUUCAGGAGUCGAGUUCAUUAAUCUUUGACCUCACAACUUCGCAGAUUCUGUUGGGACUAUAGCAGCAGCCCACUUGGCGUUUUUUCCUCGUCCUUUACCGCUUUACGUCAAUUACUUUGCGUAUGGAAGGAAGAAGAUUGUUAAUUGCAUCGGGUGUUGCUGCUGCUUCUGAAAUUUGUGGCUUGGGGAUUGAUUUUCUUCGGUUAUAAAGAUGAUACUGGUUUCUUCUGCAAAUUUUUGGUUAUUCCUUUUUUUCUCGCCUUAUUAAUUGUCUUUUUUCAAGUGAUUGGGGGUUUCAUUGAAGUCUUAAGGGGUUCCAUCUGACUGUUUUGACAUUCUUAUUCGUUCAGAAAUGAGUACUAGGAUUUUGUGCAGAUGAGCAAGUUUUAUCUGUGUAAUCAGGAUGCUUUCUCAAUCAGUGGAAUCACUUGUUGUUCUAGGAUUGAUUCUUGAACUUAAAAUUUUAAGUGUAGAAAUUUGUUGCUUUUGUGAUUUUGGAAUCAUGGAACUGGUUACCCCUGGCCUUCUUGUCGUUAGAAUUGAGGCAGAGUGGAAAAUGAGCGUUGUGGAACUUGGAUAGUGUAAUAACUUUUUCUAAGGAAGUGAAGCAUAAAUGGACUUAUGGGUUGUGGCAGCAGCUGCUGCUACUGGAUAUGUAGCUAAGUAUUGGAAGAAUCUUUCUAAGGAUGAGAAUAGCUUACCAGAGUUGGCUUCUGAUGUCCCCAACAUUGGGAAUCCUGAAUCUCCAAGCUCUCCCUUCUCCAGGUUCAGACAGAGAAAGAGGCUUGGAAAAGAUGUGUCCGCUGAUAUGGGAAAGGGGUUGGAUCCAAUAUAUUCAGAUAAGCAUCAACUAGAGUGUACUUCAGCUGCAGAAGUGGAAUCUACUGAUUGGGAUGUCCUUCCUACAUCAAACUCAGUACCAGCUCUGUUGGAAAGUGAUAGCCUAAUUGCAAAUUGGGAUGGAAGUGGGCCAAGUGGUGAUAUUGGUGGUAACUAUGAUAACAAUUCUAUGGAAGAAUUGGAUUCUUUACAUGGUUCAUUGAGGAAAAAGGGCUAUCUCAGACCUAAAUAUUUUCCUGGGCAUUUUGUUAAACCUUUAAAUUCCAUAGAAAGUUGUCUUAUGGCUCAGCUACCGGUGGAACAUGCUGAUAUGGAAGAAUAUGUUCUUAGUGCUCCUCCAUCACCAUGCAGACCAACUAUGAGGCCUUUGCUUGUAACUAAUGGAAGCAAAAUUAUUGGCAGAGCACGUGGUGAUUUUUCUAGUGCACAGAUCAGAAUUGAUGAUGAUAGACAAAGCAAGGAGGGAAUCGUUUCUGGCGUUCCCCAAUUACCCAGUGUUGGGUAUUCAGGUCACCCCAGGAAGCUCAAGCUUAAGAGAAGACAAGGGCACAAUGGCAAAUUAAGCAGUUCCAGUAAACUGCACAGCAGGAAGCACUUUCAGCCACAACACGGGCCACACAACGGAGCAUUUUUAUUCUAUCUCGGGGUCUCCAUUGGUGUAAUAUAUUCUUUCAUGACAAAUACGAGAGAAGUGAACAAAUUGAAAGAAUUGUUGAAGCAGACAGAAAGCUUGGUUCAAGAUCUACAGGAGGAACUUGAUAUGAAAGAAUCAUUGACUGUGAAGGAGCUAGCUGAUGAGACAUCUCAAUCACAAGAUGGAUGUGACCAUGCCUCUCACGACAUAGCGCAACCAUUUUUCUCUGAACACUAUAAGAAUAAUUCAACAGGUAAUGAUAGUAAAGAGUGUAACAAUGAGAAGGCUGUGGAGAGCUCAGAAUCUAUGAGUAAAAUUGAAGCCGAGCUUGAAGCUGAACUUGAGAGGUUGGAUUUGAAUAUAAAUACAUCUAUUUACCAGAGAAGACUGCCCAAUCUUGACGUGCUUGACACAGAUUUUGCUGCCGACUUUGCUGAAGGCGAAUUGAAAGUCGAUAUGGUCGAUGGUCAAACCGUUUCCCAUCUGAAGUCAAAUCAAGAUAAGAGUGGCACCUCCACAGAUCAUUUUCAAAAUUAUGUGGUUUCACCCCGAGAACUAAGCUUGCGUUUGCAUGAAGUUAUUCAAUCAAGACUAGAAGAACGCGUGAACGAGCUUGAGACGGCCCUUCAAAGCAUCCAGAGGAAGAUGCAACUCGGAGAAUCAGAAUACGACAAUUCUUGGAGAAAGUUAGCAUACCAUGAGCUCAUCUAUUCAUUCAUGCCCGAAAGUCCAAUUGCUAAAGAAGAAAGCAACUCCAUUCCACAGUCUUUAGUUAUGAAUUUAUCAGAAGCAGCUCUAGAUGCAUACAACGAGUCAUACGAAGAGCUAAUGAAGACAAACGAGUCAGAAGAGGAGGAUUCUCUAUCCGGGGUUCACAGAAACAUCCAACAAAUGGACUUGCAGAGUAUUUCAUGGGGCAAAAACGGUGAGCUAAAUGGCUUGCACCAUACUCCAAGUAAAGAAGAAGCAUCAAAGGAAUUUUGCUCCAGUCAGGUGAAAUCAUCACCAAAGCAAUGCUCAAGGGUCCAGGAAUUACUGGAUGUUGGCACAAGUGCGGAUGAGAACACUGAUAGCGAUGAUGAGAUGGAUCAGCAGUUGAUAAAGCAAAUUGUGGAGAAGACCAAGAAAGGUUCCCCUGUAGUGCUGAAUGCACAUAAAGCAUUGUUUCUGAUGAAUGAAAUAGAACAUUGAAAAGAAAUUACAGUCUCUGACAAGUAUAGUUCUAUAAAGAAUUUGUAUUACAAUAAUUAACAGCUGAUAUAUCAUUAAUUUUCUUCAUUCUAA